UUUACUACACGAAUUAUGGAGUUUGGUGCACGCAUGAUCGUACUAGCUCUCACCUACCGACAAAUACUACUGACAGUGUAGCUUAAUGAGCAAUUAUGAAAUAAGUCUUUGAAAGUCGCGUUUUUCCUCUUGGCGAAGCUCUGCAUGCCCGAAUUGUUUGUAUACUGUGUUGUAAGGAGAUUCUUCCCUAUUUAGUGUCAUUGGCUGUGUUAGUGUUAGCGGAGACUAGUGGAAUUACCUGGCAGCCAUCUUUCAAUUGUGUCUUUAACCGAAGAUCUUCAAAUAGUGCUUUGCUGAGAAGCUUCAGAAAGAUGAGUAGGAAGAAGUGGGAGGGGCCUGCGAUGUGCUAAAGCCCUUUGAAGAGGUCACUGUUGAAAAUAGUGGUGAAAGAAGGUAUACCUUAGCUGAGGAGGUGCUGGGAAACAGCUCAACAACUAAAGGAAGACCUUAAGGUGAGGUGGAACGUCAUUUUUCCAGGGGACCACACCUCUUAAGCAGCUGGUGCAGUGUAGCAGGCCAUGGCACGUACAAAGCAGACUGCUCGCAAGUCCACUGGUGGGAAGGCACCAAGGAAGCAGCUGGCUACUAAAGCUGCCCGCAAGAGUGCCCCCUCCACCGGUGGGGUGAAGAAACCCCAUCGCUACAGGCCUGGUACAGUGGCCCUGCGUGAGAUCAGGCGUUACCAAAAGUCCACUGAGCUGCUUAUCCGCAAGCUUCCUUUCCAGCGCCUGGUGCGUGAGAUCGCCCAGGACUUCAAGACCGACCUACGCUUCCAAGGGGCUGCCAUAGGGGCCUUGCAGGAGGCCAGUGAGGCAUACUUGGUAGGCCUAUUUGAAGACACCAAUCUGUGCGCCAUUCAUGCUAAACGUGUCACCAUAAUGCCCAAAGACAUCCAGCUGGCUCGCCGCAUCCGUGGGGAACGUGCCUAAUCGCAGGGGUGGACAGUAAUGAAGUACAUUUACUUGAGUACUGUACUUACGUACUUUUUUUCAAGUAUCUGUACUUUACUUGAGUAUUUAUCUUUUUGGAAACUUAUGACUUUUACUCCACUACAUUUGAAAGAUAAAUAUUGUACUUUUGACUCCACUACAUUUCU